CUCUCCUUCAACCAGUUCAAUACACAAGACCCAACAACCACGGCACAUUGCCUCAGGCAGCAUCACUCCUUCACUGCAACACCACAACGCGUUUGCGUCAAGCAAUCACAAGCUUCUCCAACACGCCCUUUCGUCAUCCACCCUUCAAGCAAACCAUUGCAGUCUGGUGACCAUGACGACCUUCACUUUCCUUGUCAUCAUCUCCCUCCUCCUCCUGCAGGUUGCGGGGCGCGGAGUGGCCUUUCCUACCAUCAUCCUGCAGCAGCAUGAUGGCAUCUUCCCCAAUGCGACCAACACCACUGUCACUAUCACUGGCACUGUCGUCUCCCUCUCCCCCACUGGUUUCUCUUCCAUCAUCCCCACUGCCGACCCGGUCAAGCGCUACGACAGUGUUGGCAAGCCCAUUGACAACCACGAGAUUCUUCCUGGCUACGGCAAGGAGAAGCGUCAGCGCAAUGUCUGCCACCUCUCUUGCGACCCUGUCUCCCUCGUCGACAUCUGCGAGAGUGAUCCUGUCCUCGCAAACUGCGACACUGAGUGCUCUCUCCAGACCACUGGCAUGGUUCCCCUUGGCGGUGCUGCUGUCAUCGGCCAGGUAGACACUGUCAUUCCCACCGACGCUAUGGUCGCAUGCCUCACUCACUGCAAAUGCGCCAGUGGCCAUGGCUCGGGCAUUGUCGAUAGGGACAGCAACAGUGACAACCCCUUUGAGGGCCUGGACUAG